AGUUGAAUUAUCAGCUGAUCAUGGUGUUUUGGAUGGAAGUUGCUUUUGGCACGGAGGGGCUCUUUCUUUAUCAUCUUAAGCAAAUCUUACACGUCAAAGACACCAGAAAAUAAAGCUGCAUGUAACCAACGCCAUCUCCAACAACCGAAACGGCGGAACCCGGAGAAAUCCGCGUUUAUUAUGAACAGAUGAUGGUCAUAAGUGCUGAUCUGUUUGCUUGCUGUUGAAUCAUCGGAAAGAAAGAAAACAACGUCAGGCGAGGCUCCUGCUGAUAGUCUGAUGUGUAUAUGUCGACUUAUCUCGGCCUGCGAUUAUUGCCAUAAAUAGCUUAAAUGCAUGUAAUGUAACUGGCUGGGCACGAAAUGCUCUCCGUUAGGUGUAAUAAUUAGUAGCUUGUGUGUUUUAUGUGAUUCAGGAGUAAGUCAAAGGUCAGAUCAAAGUGUUUUUGUUUUUUCUUUUUUACAGCAGAUAGUAGUUAUAUACUUCAUUCGCCUAUAUAUAAGAUAUAGGAUACAUAACGUGUUGAAUUCAUUCACGCUUAUGGAAGUUGAUAAAACAGCUACCUGUAACCAGUUAUUCCUUGUUGACAUCAGCUUGCUGUGACUGAUAUACCGUUUACUUGUUUAUUUAAGCUUUGUCAUAUUGACCUUUUUAAUAAGCGUGUGUAUGUUAUUCGUUUUCUAGUGUUAUUUAUAAGUAUGGUGACAGUGGAAUGCGUUGAUAGCUGGAUUGCAUCACUUGUGUUUUGACAUAUCUGACGUCAGGGGUGUCGCGUGUCACUCAAACUGUGUUUAAAGUGUGUGGGAGCUUUUUAAACAUACUACUUCGCUAUAUUUGGACUUGUUUGGUGAUUUAACGGUGGAUUAUUCAGAAUAUUUCGAGAGGGAAGACUCAGAUCUGGCACAGUCAGAGAUCCUCGUUGAUAUCCCCAAUUUCUCCCCGCCAAUGCUGGAUCUGGAGGUCGUUCCUGAGCGAUCUUUGGGAAAUGAACAAUGGGAAUUCGCAUUAGGGAUGCCAUUGGCCCAGGCCAUUUCCAUAUUACAGAAACACUGCCGAAUCAUCAAAAAUGUCCAGGUGCUCUACAGCGAACAAAUGCCACUCAGCCACGACCUCAUUCUCAACUUGACUCAGGAUGGAAUUAAACUGCUGUUUGAUGCCUGCAAUCAGAGACUGAAGGUAAUUGAAGUGUACGAUUUGAGCAAAGUGAAACUGAAAUACUGUGGAGUACAUUUUAACUCUCAGGCAAUAGCACCUACUAUUGAGCAGAUUGAUCAGUCUUUUGGCGCUACUCAUCCUGGAGUCUACAAUGCUGCCGAGCAGCUCUUCCACCUGAACUUCCGAGGGCUUUCCUUCUCCUUCCAGCUGGACUCCUGGAGUGAAGCUCCUAAAUAUGAGCCUAACUUUGCCCAUGGCUUGGCCUCCCUGCAGAUUCCCCAUGGGGCCACUGUCAAACGGAUGUACAUUUACUCUGGAAACAACCUUCAAGAAACCAAGGCUCCGGUGAUGCCUCUGGCCUGUUACCUUGGUAAUGUGUAUGCAGAGAGUGUGGAGGUGUUAAGAGAUGGGGCGGGACCGCUGGGUCUCAAACUUCGUCUGCUCACCGCAGGAUGUGGCCCGGGAGUGAUGGCUGAUACAAAAGUGCGAGCCGUUGAGAGAAAUAUCUACUUUGGAGAUUCUUGUCAGGAUGUUUUGAGUGCUCUUGGCUCCCCACAUAAGGUCUUCUACAAGUCAGAGGAUAAGAUGAAGAUCCAUUCACCCUCCCCUCACAAGCAAGUCCCGUCCAAAUGUAAUGACUACUUCUUUAACUAUUAUAUUCUGGGAGUGGAUAUACUGUUUGACUCUACAACCCACCUGGUCAAAAAAUUUGUCCUUCAUACCAACUACCCUGGCCAUUACAACUUCAACAUAUAUCAUCGGUGUGAUUUCAAGAUUCCUCUCAUCAUUAAAAAAGAUGGGGCAGAUGCUCAGAGUGAGGACUGCAUUCUGACCACCUACAGCAAAUGGGAUCAGAUUCAAGAGCUGCUAGGACACCCCAUGGAAAAACCAGUUGUGCUACACAGGUCAUCAUCUGCAAACAACACCAACCCUUUUGGUUCCACAUUUUGCUUUGGACUACAACGGAUGAUAUUUGAGGUCAUGCAGAAUAACCACAUAGCUUCUGUGACUCUCUACGGAGCGCCUCGUCCAAGUAGCCUGGCCCGUGCCGAGCCCAGUGCCCACUGAGGAAGCCCCGACGCCCACGGUGCCCGUCCAGCCCUGCAGAGCCUCUGAACUGACCAGUAGAGUGUGCCUUCACUCACUGCUGCCAUCACACAAGCUAAAGCAAGACAUGCUGGGAGUUUCUCUGGAGUUGAACUCGCCCCCUUCCCCCUUCACAUCUUAAUAGAGGCCCCAAUUCGGUCUCCUCCUCCAAUAAUAGCAUGGAGGCUCCCCUCAGCCUGCUAAUUAUCCUGCCUCCAAAGCUUUAACCCAGACAUGCAUCAACGUCAGCAUCGUAAUAGUACUUGUGGAUGCACAGUGAUCCAUUUCCACACAUUGUGUUUCGUUUUUUUGCCUAACCUUCUAAAAAUUUCCAUACCUGAUGCACCAAAGGGCAAACAUCGAACCGAUUUCUCCUCUGCACACUAAACACUUUAAACGCGUUCAUUUGCUUUCCGACGCGCAGAGGAUGAGAAUGAGGACAGCGUAAAUUCAACGACGGGUGUAUUUUGUAUGCAUUUCCGCAAGGUUCCAAGCACAAGCUAGCACAGUAUGGAUCCAGUGCUGUGAAAAAUGUUUUUGUGGCACAUGAGCAGGCUCCCAUUCAAACAUAACGAUUCAUAAACUCAUACCGAGUCAGCAGCACAGAUUACCUCCCAUUUCAAUACCGUACAUCCGCUCGAUGGUUGAUUCUGUUAUUGUUUUGUUGUUCGUGAGCGCAUUAGUUUUGAACAUUUGCACUAAAAUACACCUAGUUUACUUGAUAAUUGUCUCCUGUCCACUGAGGAACGUUUUAAUUGCCGAGGACGGCGGGGGAGGGAACGACGACGUGCAAUCUGGAUUUCAAAGCUAGUUGCGACCCUGACUGGAGAGAAAAGCCAUCCACCCAUCGCUGUUUCUCCUUCCCGCCUUUUUUUGUCCACAGUUCAAAGAUGUGAAGUUCUUUUACCUUAUUCAGUAUCUCAAAGUCUUAACUGAUUGCCAAACAUUAGCCAAAGAAGAAACAACCGUUAGCUCUCUGUCAUUUUAAAUUCACGUCGUAAGAACAUUCCCUUUUGAUUUGAUCCGUACAGUCCCUGAAUUGUUUUUAGCACAGCAGUUCGAUCACCUGAUCGUUUUUAAUGCUUUAAAGCUUUCUCUUGCUUUCUACUCACAGAUUUGUUGCCGUUUUCUGUAGCCAUGUCCAUGUCUGUACAGAUCUGUAAAUAACACAGAGUUUCAUCGGUCUAAAGGUACCGUGUCAGAUCGGCUGACAUCUGGAAGAGUUUCUGGCCUUGAGGGACACUAUAGCAUCUUCCCUCCACUGUUGUCCUGGAUGAAGUUGCUUAUAUUUAGUGGAGAUGACUAGAGAGCGUUUUAACUUUAGUAGAUGGUUUGUUCACGUCUAACUACUGUUCAUUGCUGGCUGUCAGGCCCUCUUCCCUUCAGGCUUCUGCAGUGUGUGGUUCAGGCCAAUUUGGGCAUUUUUAGCUUUCUGUUACAUUGACUUCUCAUUAACUGUGCUGGAAGGCCGUCAGUGGUGUUUUUAAUAUAUUUUACCCCUUAGCUCUUGGUCAUUUGCAAGGAAGAUGCUAUUAACAUUGUGCCUCAUCUCCCACUGAGCCUGUCUUGACUUUUUCUCUGUAAAUGAAAUCGUUUGAAAAACUGCUUUGUGUAUGUCUGAGCAUGUAAAGCUAAAUUGAUAGUUUUAGUCCUUUCGUUUCGAAAAAUGUACCUGAAUAUUAGAGGAACUAAGAAAAAAAUGGACUUGCUGCAGAUUGAACUCAUCAUGAAGGGAUCGUAAACUAUAGAAGAAGCCUGUUUCUGCCACGGAAUAAAUAAUAAAAUUGCCACUUUAUCUUACAAUUCUGACUUUUUUUUUUGGCAAUGCAGAGUUUGUAUUUUAAAAUUCCGUUUAUAUCCUAAAAUUACAAUUUGUUUUCGCAAUUCUGGGUUUAUAACUUAAAAUUAUUAACUUUUUCCUCACAAUUCUGUUUAUAUCUUAAAAUUCAGAUUUUUUUCUUACAAUUCUGAGUUUAUAUGAUAAAAUUCUGAUUUUUUUUCUUUCUCACAAUUCUGAAGUUAUAUCUCAAAAUUUAGAUACUUUUCUCACAGUUGAGUUUAUAUCUUAAAAUUCUUACUUUUUUCUUGCAAUUCUGAGUUUAUAUCUUAAAAUUCCGUUUUUUUUUUUUUUUUUGUUUUUUGUUUUUCACAAUUCUGAGGUUAUAGCUCAAAAUUUCGACACUUUUCUCACAGUUGAGUUUAUAUCUUACUACAUCUAAACUUCUUUUUUGCAGUUCGGAGUUUGUGUUUUAAACUUUUUCUUCACAAUUCUAAGUUUAUAUCUUAAAAUUCAGAAUUUUUUUUUCUCACAAUUCUGAGGUUAUAUCUCAAAAUUCAGACUUUUUUUCUUGCAGUUCUGAGUUUAUAUAUUAAAAUUCCAGCCUUUUUUUUUUUUUUUUUUUUUUUUUUUUUUUUUUGCAAUUCUGAGUUUAUAUCUCAAAAUUCCGACUUGUUUCUUGCAGUUCUGAGUUUAUAUGUUAAAAUUCUGGCCUUUUCUUUGCAAUUCUGAGUUUAUAUCUUAAAAUUCCGACUUUUUUCUUGCAAUUCUGAGAUCCUGUCUUAAAAUUCUGAGUUUUUCUUGCAAUUCUGAGUUUAUAUUUUAAAUUUCAGAUUUUUUUUUUCUUCUCAGAAUUGGGAGGGGAAAAAAGUAAAAAAUUGGAUGUACACUGGCAGUAAGAUUUUUAAUGUUUUUUUUUUUAAAGAAGUUUCUUAUGCUCAUCUAGGCUGUGUUUAUUUGAUCAAAAGUACAGAAAAAAUGUAAUAUUGUGAAAUAUUCUUAUGAUGUAAAAUGUUUUUCUCUUUUAAUAUACAUUAAAAUCUAAUUUAUUCCUGUGAACAAAGCUGAAUUUUCAGCAUCAUUUCUCCCGUAUUCAGUGUCACAUGAUCCUUCAGAAAUCAUUCUCAUAUGCUGAUUCAUCAUCGGUUAUUGCUUAAUAUUUUUUUCAGGAUUCUUUGAUGAAUAAAAGUUCAAAAGAACAGCAUUUAUUUCUUUAAUUGCUUUUAUUCAGAAAGGGUCUGUUAAAUUGAUUUUAAAAAAGUGAUAGGAAGGACUUUAGAAAAGAUAUUUUAAAUGAAUGCUGUUAUUUUGAACUUUUUAUUUAUCAAAGAAUCCUAAAGAAAAAAAGUCCCCCCAAAAAAUUUGCCAGCAAUUGUUUCCAACAUUGACAAUAAAUCAACAUAUUAGAAUUAUUUCUGAAAGAUCACUUAAGACUUGAGUAACAGCUGAUGAAAAUUCAGCUUUGCAUCACAGAAAUAAAUUACAUUUUAAAACGUAUUAAAAUAGAAACCAUUAUUUUAUAUCGCAAUACGUUUCGCAAUAUUACCGUUUUUCUGUAUUUUGAUCAUAUAAAUGCCGCCUUGAUGAGCAUAAGAGACUUCUUAAAAAAAAAAAAAAAAAAAAAAAUUACAAGUGUUAAUGAUCCCAAAUGUUUGAACAGCAGUGUAAACUUAGAAUUAAAAAAAAAAGGUCAGAAUUGGCAGAUAAAAAGCGUUUACCUUUUUAAUUUUUAUUCCACAGUGAAAAUAAGCUUCAAAGUAUUAAACUAAAUGAACGCAGUGUACAAACAAAACAACAGAACAUGUAGGUGGCCCUUCAUGGUUUGAGGUUCACAAAGUGGUUGUGGUGUUUCGAAAUACAACCUGUACUUUUUGAAAACGGUCUGAAGUUCCAUGUCAGUGAGUUUAAGUUCAAUAAAUAUGGUUAGAUUGUAACUGUUCAGAUCUAAAAUGCACAAUUGGAACCUCCGUUGUCAAUAAGGAAUAACACAACCGUUGUUUUAGUGUCAUUUAGGGAGUGUGGUCUGAUGGGCUGAUUGCCUGCCCAAUCUCAGGUGGAUGUUUUUUUGUGUUUUUUUUAAUGCCAGGAGCAAGUGAAUGCUUAAUUUUCAUCAAAUGGGUUUUGGCUGUAUUGUUUCCUCUUCAGACGUUCUCCUAUUUUUGCAUCGGAAUGAAUGAAUGAUCGUCCUGAGGAUUGUAAUUACAAAUGGACAACCUCCAUACAGUGUAAUGCGCAUAUUAAUGCUAUGUAUUGUAUCCCUCUAUAUUGUAUGUUUCUCCCCAUCCUCCAAAGUGAUUAUUAUUUUUGUGGAUUCAGUACAUUUAACCCAUUUCUGGAAAUGGGAGUAAUCCUCAAUUAAAAAAAAAAAAAAGUGUGUAUCUAAAUUGAUUGCUAUGUGGUGUUUUGUAUCUCAGAUAUUUCUACUUCUGUAGAUUUAAGAAACAAGUACGCGGAAGAUCAACAUUAUCAGGCAUUUUUUUGUCGUUGUUUCUUUUUGUUUCGUUUUUAAAGCAAUAAUCGUUACGUUGAUGGAUAAAUCAGAACAGUCUGGUAUAUGUUUGUCAAUAGCGCAGAAUGGUGCAACAAUGCUGUGACCAUUGGAUUUUAGUUUCCUCGUUGAAUCUACUGAAAGCAUUAUCAUUUUUUUUAACUGCUAAUUUUGCAUUUUGUUCAUUAAAACUGUUACAGUGUGUUCAACAAAAAUAUUUAAAGAAUGGAUGUAAUAAACGUGGGGGGAAAGAA